AUGGCUACCGAGAUAGCCACCAUGCCCAGACUCUCCACUGGCAGCGGGAGCCAAAGUGGCCUACCGACGAGCGCGCCCGGCCUGGGACAAUACGCGGCCAGCUGCUGCGUGAUGCGCGCUUCCUUUGCCAUCUACAGCACCGUGCCCGGCAUGACUUACGAAAGGCUGGAGGACAUUGCACUAUACCUCUCGGGCGAGCAGCCAAGGCUGGUACCUCUGGAGCUGCACACGGGGGAGCUCAUUGACUUGAUGGAUCCUGGCGAGCCGCUACCCGAGGAAGUCGACGAGGAUUUGCUGGGCUUGCGACCAUGCCCGUUCAGAGUGAGGGAGGACGGAGAAGAGGGCGAUGAGGCUUGUCCGUGGACCGGGUUGCUGGACGGGUUUUGCACGGCUGGAGGGAAAACCGUCAAAGGUGCCGCCACUCAGCCGCCACAAAAAAGCCCUGAGAAGGUCAUGAAGAAGUUGGUCUCAACCGACGAGAAAAAUUUGUCGGCGGUCGAUCCAAACCCCUCGAAAGCUCGUGUGACCUUGAGCGCUGAGCAGAUCGCCAAUAUGCACUGCCCAAUCAAGAGAGCAAAACUGACAGAGUCGAUGGCAACCUUGGGCUGGGUAUACCUCGACGAUAUCCCGUGUCCUGAAGAGCGAGCCAGGCAAGAGGCAGCCCUGUUGGCAGGAUCUAUCACUGAAGUAGCUUCUCAGUCAGAGGCUCAGUCAAACACAACAUCCACACACAAGGAGCCUCCAGCCAAGCCACCUGUCAAGGUCACACUGACUCCGGAACAGAUUCGCAAGAUGCACUGUCCCAUCAAGCGGGCAAAGCUGACAGCUUCAAUGGAGACUGUUGGUUAUGUCUACCUUGACGAUAUCCCGUGUCCGGAAGAAAGGGCCAGACAAGAAGCUGCCCUCAACAUUAGUGCUAGUGCUGCUGUGAACUCAGACACAUAUAGCAUCAACACUCCGAAAGAGACAGUCAAGAAAGAACAAAACACCUUUAUCUCGCGUUCUGGAUCCGAGCCAGCUCGAAACAGAAGUUCUUGUCGUCGGGCUUUAGUGCUGCCUCGAAUUGAUGAUGCAAUCGGUCUGGAUGGUGCCAGUGACGUGGGACCUGGCAGCGAGAAGCGCAAAGCUUUCCGCCGUCUCAAGUAUGAUAACAGUGUUGACUUUGAAAAGCCGCUUUAUCGCUCAAAAGAGUUGACAAGUGCACCGCCGCGGGGAAGAAGCUCCAAAGAUCCGACGUCAUCAUCCAACACACGCAAAUCCUCACUCAAGCAGACAAAACGAUCCAGAAGAGAGUCACGGUCUCUAUCCUCGCGUGGCGAAAGACAUUCCUCGGCUUCCCAGAAAGAACUAUCGAAACUAGACAAGACAAAUCAGGCCUCUCGGCGCACCUCAAUAGUCUCGUCGGCACAAGGCACUUCAUCACGCUCCCCCAACGCCUCCCGGAGGUCUACAGUCGAAAUGGUUCGAAUUCCCCGCCCUGCAGAGGACGAAAACUUUUGGCGACCACCAUUGUUGGUUCGGCCCGCAACCCUUACGCCACUAAUGGGGCCUGUAGGGCUCCGGAUGGUUCUCAUCACUCACAUGGCGAGCGACAAAGACCCGCAAAAGUGCAAAUUUGGAGGGCCGGACAACCUGUCGAUUGUACCAUGGGCGUUUUUGGUCGUGGUAGAGGAUGAUUUCGAUUUGACACAAGCAGACCAAUACCCGGAAUCAAAAACCCAAUCGCGACCACACUCGCUAUUGAUGGUUUACGGGGACGUUACAGAAGUGGUGGAGGGGCGUUCAAACCGUGUGCCGGUUGACAGCUUCUUCUUUGAUCCGAAGUUUGCGCAAAUGAUGCUCUCGGCCGUGUUGCUAGGCCAACGAACACUGGCGGCGGCAAAGCAAUAUUACAAUGUUGAUGGGCCUGGGUAUAACGAGGAAGUCUGUUACGACCUAGAAACUUGGAGUUCUUGA